AUGACAGCAGAAGUUAUCGAUUGUACUAGAAGAAAUUUAGAAGAAGCAAUGAAUCACAGCGAACGAAGGAUGUUAUUUCGAAGAAGUCGAAGCGAGCCGAUGACAUUGACGAAUGAAAAUGUUAUGAUGACUAGUAGGACUGACCCCGAAUGGAACAUGACAGUAGAUUCCAUCUCGAUUCAAUCAUCAUUCGCUGAGUAUCAACAAAGAAGAAGACAACGAUUGAAAAAGCAAGAGGCUCAUAAAACUUCGGAGAUCUCGCUCUCCAGUGGAACAUCUGAACUUGUCAUGAAAGGACACGUUGAGUUUGAAGACGUUCCACAGUUUUCAGAUGAGCAAAUGCCUUCUACACUAUCACUCACCGAUAGUGACAACAGCUCCAACGACAUCACUUCGAGUCAAGCUCAAGAGAUCAGUUAUGAAGAGGAGAUGCGUAUUUUCAUGGAGAAAACAGGGCACAUGAUAACGAAUGUCUUUGCGGAUCCGUUCGAUUCAGAUGAACGAAAGAGUCGAACGGAGAUGUGGGUGGAGGCAUCGACUGAGAAUUUGGCAGAAGGAGAGACAAGUGAAGAUGUGGGGAAGGGAGAGUUGAAGUUGGAAUUGGAUGGUUUGGAGGAUAAUGGAGGAGAAGAGAAAGAAGAAGGAAAGGGGAUUACAACUGAGAAUGAUUUUGAUGAGGAAGAUGAGACUGGAGAGUUCGGAGAAGAGACUUCCAGUACUUCGAAAGUUCAAGAAGACUCGGGAGAGAAUAAUGUGGAAGUUGAAAAAGAUGAUGAACAAGAUGAGAAAGAACAAGAAAAGUUCAAUGUACCACCAAUUGUUCAUCAGGACACAAAAGAGUCUCUGUUAUCGUCGACAGUAACUGUCACCACUCUGAUGAAAUCUUCAAUGGACAAUCGUCUGAAAGAAGCGACAUAUGCUGAAAGUGAAGUUGAUGUCAAGGAUAUUGAUAGAUUCUGGGACUACUUGUACGAUAAAGAUCUCAAAGAUAAGGAUCAGGUGUAUUCGAUCAAUAUUGAGGCUCCAUCGACAACAAUUAGUGAUAGGUCGCUGCACUUAGGAUUGCCACCAAUUAAAGUGGACUUCACUGGGGUUCACAUCGAUCAAGAUUUCAAAUGGGAAGGUGCUGAGGGCAUUGAAAUGAAUGCUGAACAAGAUAGAGAACUCGGUGAACCACUGGAAAUAACAGAUCAUACUGUUGAGUCGAGAUUUUUUGAGUUGGAGACAACGAAAAAAUUGGAAAGAAUAGAUGGUUCUCACCCGAUUUUGAUGAGAACUACUGCUUCUCAAACUCCGGUUUCUCAGGAAUUGGUCAAGAUUGUAAACUAUGAAUCUGCAAGGUUUAGAUCUCAGAGUCAGGAUGGGAGGAUGUCUUAUGAGAAAGAGAAUAAGGUCCGCGAGUUUUCCUUCAAGUUGUCUGAAAAUCUUUAUAAAGACUUGAAAGUGUUGGUUGUUGAGAGAGAUCGAGCGAAGCAUGCGAUGACAAUACUUCCUGCGAAAUCGAUGAAGGAAUUGAGCGAUGAGUGUAAUUAUUACCAGACGCGUUACCGAGUGAGAAUCGAACAAAACAAAGAGAAACUCGAUCGACGCAUUGAUGAAAUCUGGAAAAAACUUCUGAAAAUGCCCAUUGAAUCUCAGGAAGUUAUCGAUUUUAUCAGUGUGUCGGAGAGUGAAAAUCUGACGUGUAAUGCCCGUAGAAACCUACCCGAAAUGAUUUGA